CGAGGGCGCUCUGAUGGUUCCCCUCGCUCGGGUGACCAAUGAACCGAACUUCUGAGGAGGCUAUAUCAUAUAAAUAUGAAGCAUAAAUCGAGAGGUUGGUUGAGUCUCUUUCCAUUAUUGCCUUCGCUAGUUGGUCGGAGGAUGAGUGAGUAAGCCUUAGCAAGACUAAUCCGCCUCGAAAAUGGCAGUAUCCAUUUCUCAGGUCUCGUUCGAGCAUCAUCGGGUUGCUCUAGGUAUCGGUGAGGCUAGCCCGCGGAUAUCAUGGCGGUUUGAAGGGGACGCGGGCAACUGGACUCAGAGCGGCUAUAGUAUAGAGGUAUCUCGACAAGGAACCUCUGAUGUCUUCAACUUCACCUCCUCAGACUCAGUCCUUGUUGACUGGCCCACGGUUGCGUUGACCUCUGCUGAGUCGGCCAUUGUUCGGGUUAGAUCAUAUGGUGGCGACAGCGGUAUUGACACGGACUGGUCGGACCCAGUAUCCGUCGAGACGGGUCUGCUGUCAGACGAGGACUGGGCUGGUGCCCAGAUGAUUGCCGCAGACAAACCCACAGAGCAAGGUUCUCCACACCAGCCUAUUCUCUUCCGAAAAGACUUCUCCUUAGAUGGCAACAUCACGUCUGCGCGUUUAUAUAUAACCGCCGAAGGAGUGUACGAAGCCUUCAUAAAUGGACAAAGGGUUGGCGAUGCUGUCCUCGCUCCAGGCUGGCAAUCCUACCAACACCGACUUGUUUAUGAUACAUACGACGUCACGAAUUUGCUGGAAGACAGUUCUAACACGAUCGGUAUCCAUGUCGGCGAAGGUUGGUACUCAGGCCGCAUUGGAUUCGAGACGACACGGAACAUCUGGGGCGACACCCUGGGCGCCUUUGCUCUGCUCGUAGUCACGGACGCAGACGGAAGCAGCGAGACGAUCGCGACAGAUCUGACCUGGUCAUCUAGUACCGGGGCUAUCACGACUUCAGAAAUCUACGAUGGAGAAUAUUACGAUACGGCGAAAGAGCAGUCUGGCUGGGCGACCUCGAACUUCAUGCCACCGGCGAAUUCCUCUAACUGGAUUGGCGUAAAAGCAAUUGCAUCCCCAUUGAGCCGAUUAGUUGCGCCAGAUGGACCGCCAAUCCGGCGCCUAGAAGAAGUCGAGCUACAAGAAAUCAUCACUACCCCCUCAGGGGCCACAGUCCUCGAUUUUGGGCAGAAUCUCGUCGGCUUGCUCCGGCUCAACGUGUCCGGGCCCGCCGGCACUAAGAUCAAGAUGGUUCACGUAGAAGUGCUUGAACAUGGAGAGAUAGCCACCGCUCCGCUACGAACCGCUAAGCAAACCGACACCCUCGUCUUGUCCGGCAACGGCACACAGACAUGGGAACCGACGUUCACGUACCACGGCUUCAGAUACGUGCAAGUGAACAAUUGGCCGACAGAGCAGACACCCCUCAGCAGAGACUCGGUCAAGGCCAUCGUCGUACACUCGGACAUGCAGCGGACUGGGGAGUUUGAGACGUCGGAUUCGCUGCUGAACAAGCUGGUAGCAAACAUUCUGUGGAGUCUGAAGGGGAACUUUAUGAGUGUCCCAACAGACUGCCCGCAGCGUGACGAAAGGCUAGGCUGGACAGGCGAUGCGCAUGCCUUUUCUCCCACGGCCAACUUUCUGUACGACGCGGCGGGAUUCUGGAAAGGCUGGCUGAAGGACGUGGUAUCAGAAACCCUCGAAAAUAACGGCAUUGUUCCCGUCGUGGUACCCAAUGUCCCGGCCGUAUCACCCGCCUUCCCAGCAGCCGUCUGGGGCGACGUAGUAGUAGCAAACGCGUGGAACAUGUACCAAUCCACGGGCGAUCUCGCCGCGCUGCGAGAGCAAUUCGUCGGCGUCCAGGCCUGGAUCGACCACGGGAUCCCGCGGGGCGCAAACGGGCUGUGGGACCACAGUUUCUUCCAGUACGGCGACUGGCUGGAUCCCAAGGCGCCGAACGACAACCCGGGCGGCGCGACGACGGACUCGGGCCUAGUAGCCGAUGCGUACCUCGUGUACGUCACGGAUCUCGCGUCGAGAAUAGCUGCUGUUCUCGGUCUGCAAGCCGAGACGGCACAGUACGCAGAGCAAACAGCUACGCUCAAGAAGGCGUACCAAGCAGCGUGGAUCUCCUCCUCCGGCACCGUAGCCUACGAGACGCAAACAGGAAUUGCGCUAUCACUGUACUUCGACCUGUUCCCCCCGGGAACAGGCCAGGACGUCGCCGCCGCAGCGCGUCUGCAGAAGCUCAUCGCGGACAACGACUACCUCGUCGGCACAGGCUUCGCAGGGACGCAUCUCCUCGGUCUCGCACUGACACAAUACGGCCUGACGGCCGAGUUCUACAAGAUGCUGCUGCAGACGACGGUGCCGUCGUGGCUGUACCAGGUCGUCGAGGGCGGGACGACGACGUGGGAGCGGUGGGACAGUCUUCUACCCGACGGCACCGUGAAUCCGAACAUGAUGACCUCCUUCAACCACUACGCUUUCGGAUCCGUUGCGAACUGGAUGUUUCGCACGAUUGGCGGUCUGGCGCCUGCUGAGCCCGGGUGGAAGACGGUGCGCGUGGAGCCUGUGCCGGGGGGGAACUUGACGUAUGCGAAGACGUCGUAUCUGAGUCCUUAUGGGAGGGUGUCGACGGAGUGGACGGUGGAUGACGGGGGCUUUCACCUAACGCUCGUUGUCCCGCCGAAUGCGAAGGCGGAGGUCGUGCUCCCUGGUGAUACGCAGAAUGUUGUCGUUGUGGGAAGUGGGACGCACUCUUUCAAGGUCUUGGGGUCGUAGGAGAGCUAAGAUGGGCUUUCGAGACCGUUGUAUUCUUGUAUCUAUUUUCUCUUCUUCAUUUAGUCUAUCGCGUUCGCGCUGUAACUAUUUUUUCGGUAUUGGCUUUCAUGCUUUGUCUGACCUUCGGGCCCAGAACGGAUCUCUGUGCCUGCUCUGUGACUAACUAGGGACUUUACACUGAUGCGCCAUAUAGUUCGCCCAGAAUUGCGACUGAAGUAUAGUAUCCGAAACGAGGGGUAGGAUAGCGCUUUAUAUCGUUACACCACUAUAAGAUGGCCCUUCAAUACGACCACGAACAGGUAAGCGGC